AUGGCAUCCACGUCGCUCGCCCCCAUCGAUCUCGCCCCAGAGCCCGACCUGCACCCGAUCUACCCCACCCCGGCCCUCCUCGCCCCGCUCCUCGCACCCGGCCACGGCCUCGCACCCGCACAGAGGGCCGUCCUCGUCGCACACGCCCUCUGGCGCGCCUGUCUCUUCGGCGACCUCGCCCUCCUCUCCUUCCUCCUCGCAGACACACACGCACAGCCCUUCGUCGACCUCGCCGUCCGCGACGAGGACGGCCUCGGCCUCAUCAGCUUCACCAUCCUCGGCUUCGGCUCCGAGUCCGACCGCGACGUCGAGCGGGAAGAGUCCGUCCGCCUCCUCAUCUCCGAGGGCGCAGACGUCAGCGCCCCAGACAACGCCGGGUGGACCGCCCUCCAUCACGCCGCCCUGCUCGCGCCCCCCACCCUGAUCUCCCAUCUCUUGACACACGGCUGCUCCCUCUUCGCCCUCACACAGCGCCAGCUCACCCCCCUCGAUGUCGUCACCGCCCACUCCACAAUGCCCGGCCGCGAGGACGUCGCCCUCCUCCUCGCCGAGGCCAUGCGCGGCGAGGGCUGGACCGGCGGCCGCAUGGAGGAGCGCCGACGCUCCCUCGAAAAGAAGACCCUGCGCGACGCAAAGCAGCGCCACGUCCGCGACGUCGUCCAGACCCGCCUGGGAAUCAGCCCCAGGUGGUGGGGCGAGCAAGAGUGGGACGCCUGGUCCUCCACCUCCUCUGACGACGAAGACGAGAACGACGGCGACGAGUCUCUCUAUACCCCUCCGCUGGAUUAUACCACCAUGCUCGUCUUCUCCCCGCCCUCUCUCCCCGACAUCUUCCAAUCGCUCGUCACAAACUUCCAACCUUCCUUGCGCAACUCGGAGCCUGCCUACGCGCUCUACAUGCUCGCCCGCUUCGCCUGCCUCACCUGCGACCACAUCUGGCUCGAGGACCUCAUCAUCGGCGCAACCGAUGCCAUCGAAGACACCUUCUUCAGCCGCGCAGACGACCUGACGUGCUUGGUCUUCUGGCUGUACAACACCACCGCGUGGCUCCACCUGAUGCGGUGCGACAACUCUAUCAACGAGACGUGCGAGCUCCUCGGCUCCUUCAUCCUCAUCGAAGAGGUCAUCAACUCCGUCUUUGUGUUCAUCAUCCGCUACGUCGAGCGUCGGAUCGACCACCUCAUCGACACCGCGAUCCUCGACCACUCGCCCCUCCCGGCCGAGUUCGAGGGCAUCCAGUUCGAGUCCGACUGGUCCUUCCUGCGCUCCUUCGCCCCCAAGAAGAAAACAAACGCGACUCCCACCCUCCCCCCGCCGCGCACCCCCGGGUCCCCCAACGCGCCGAGCCGCCCGCCGUCCCCGCUCCCCACCCCUCACCCGGGCUCGCCCUCCAACUCGAUGAGCUUCUCGUCCCUCCGCCAGAGCUUCACGCGCACGCGUGCGGGCUCGGUCGCGACGCCGCUCCAGGCCGCGUUCCAGCAGGACUCGCCCCACCCGGGCGACAUCACCUCGUUCUUCGACGCGCUGCAGACGCUGCUCACGCUCUCGGGCAUCAACCCCGCGCUCAUCACGCAGAUGUGGUCCCAAGUGUUCUACUGGAUCGCCUGCGAGAUCUUCAAUCGCGUGAUCACCCGCAAGAAAUACGUGUGUCGCUCGCGCGCCUUCCAGAUCGGCAUGAACCUGAGCGCGCUGGAGGAGUGGGUCGAGUCCGUCAACCUGCCCCGCGGCGUCAUCGCGCACUUUUCCCCCGUGCGAGAUCUGGUCAACUGGCUGCAGGCGCGUCGCUCUCUCCUCCCAGGCUUUCCCAACCUCGUGGCGACCAUCCAGACGAUGAAGCAUCUGAAUCCGCUGCAGAUGCGCCGCGCCGUGCGCGACUACAAGUACGAAGUCAAAGAGGGCCGCAUGACGGAGGAGUGCAGCCAGUACCUCGCGCAGCUCCAAAAAGACUGGGAGCGGCACCGCGUCAAGCUCGGGGUCGAGGCUCUCCGCAGAGAGAUGGGCGAGCGCGAGCGCGAACGCGACGAGAUGUCGCUGAACGACGGGACCGCGCCAUCCAUCUCCUCCGCGUCGACGGACGCGGGCUCCGCGCAGCGCAACAUCGACCUCCUCUUCGACCACGACCAGGACGCGACGGCGUGGGAGCCCGCGCGGCCGCCCGACGUCCUCGGCGAGUUCCUCGACUCGCGCUACAUGCUGCCCCUGCUGCUCCCCUCCGACCCGCGCAUGCUCUCCGCGUCGCCGAAGCCGCCCGCGCCGCGCGACGACGCCCCCGCCGGCAUCGGCGGUAGAGGGGCGGGCCGCUUGAGCAACGGACACGCGCGCAGCGAGAGCCGCGCGAGCCGCCGGAGCAGUGGAAGCCUCCCGUGGCAGAUGCGCACGCGGCGCCUGCGCGAGGUCGGCGCGGACACGCUGCAGUGGGUCGACGGCGCCGUCGCGUCCGCGCGGUGGACGCGGCCUGUGGCGGUGGAGAUCGACGACGAGGACGCGGACGGCGAGGACGAGGAGGACAGCACGGAUGAGGACGCGGACGAGCUCCGAUCGCUCGCGUACCAGUACCCGGAGGACGCGGCGAGCACGCAGGACGAGGACGGGGACGGGGACCUGACGAUCACGACCGAGACGCGCCGCGUCACGCCGCUCACCGCGAAGCCGUCGCUGCGGCGCGGGCGGACGAACACCAGCGCGGGCAUCACGCCCGUGGAGCCCCAUCCGCCGAAGUAAGAACCGCCUGGGCCGCGCGCAGAGCCAGAGAAGAAGAAGAUCGCUUCGCUUGUAUCAUUCGCAAUUUCGCCACCCAUACCUGUCAUACUCACCCAUCGCCGUCUCGCACAUACAUACCACGGACUCGCUGCUCUAUCUUUACAAUGACUGCGGAUGCAUAGACUACUAUUUCCUAG